UUUGUUCUUUUGGUGAACGACCUUAUUGGGAAUGGACAAAUCAGAAAGUUAUCAGUGAAGUAACACUAGGAUACCGAUUGCCACCUCCAAUGGACACUCCAGUGACUCUUCAUAAUUUAAUGCUUCGAUGUUGGCAUAUUGAUCGACACAAAAGGCCAACAUUUGCUCAAAUUUUGCAAAUUCUCGAAGAAUAUAUUCGUCAUCCGGAUUUAAUCUAUAUAACCGAAUCAAUUCAUAAUGGGAUAAAUAAUUCGGAAAUCUGUUCAUUCAAUUCUUCAAUGUAUUCGUCUACAUCAGCAACUUUAUUAAGAAAUGGAAUUCCUACAUUGCCGACUAUUGUAUCGCCUACAGCAUCACUUGAUGAAUUUUUGAGACAUAUUGGUCUCACCCAUUGUUUGGCUAAAUUUUAUAAAAUUGGUAUUCAUAACGUAUCAGACCUAAUGCAUUUGAGUCAAGUUGAUUUUCUAAACUACGGGUUGAUGUUAGAUGAAGCUCAAAGGAUUUUAGAUGCAUUGAACAGGCCUAUGACUACAUUACAACGAGCAAAUGAUAUGCCAGAACCAUGCUUUAUUCAACCAUCUAAACAUCCUUCGGUUUAUUCUCCUCGAAUGAUUGAUUCUUCUCCAACGUUCGGUGGUAAAAUUAAAAGUGGUUUCUUUGUCUAA